AAAUUUAACAAUCAGGCUUCAAAAAAUGCCAAAAAAAAAGAAUUCCUUUCAAAUCAACAUUUUUUCUCCUUCCUUUCUUUGAUACCCUUCCUUGUUUUAAGCUGGUUUGCUCCAAAUAACUGAGUUUGUUUUCCCUAACCACUAAAAAAAUAAUCUUCAAUGAUGAAGGCUUUUCAUAAUCUCUUUUCAUUCAUAAAGGUGUGUUUUUCUCCUUGCAUAUGCAUUUUAUUUCAUGAAAUUUAUGAUAUUUCUUUCAAAAUAAAUAACCAAUUGAAGCAUUUUUCUUCAAUUAUCUCCAAAGAUUAUUAGUUAUCUUUUAAAGUUUUUUUGGAUGGGUUGGAUAGGGAUGGGGAUGGCCGAUCAGUAGAUGAAAAAGGGGAAUUGGUUUAGCUAAGAGUCAAUAGAAAAUAAUCUAUCUAGUCUCAACCUUAUAAAUGUCCUAUAAUGUUUAAGUAUAUCCUGACUUCCCCAAGCUCUUCUUAUGAGAUUAUACAAAAUGUUGUUGCCGUUAUUGGUUUAGGAUAGGAAAAAGGAAUUGAGAAGGUUAAAUUAUGAUGUCUUGUUCUAAGAUGAAAGUGCAAUAAAAAAGAUGGCACUUUUCCAAUUUGGAGGAAUGUGGCUGAGAAUCUAUAUAAAAUCUAUUCUAGCCAAAGGCAAAAAGAAUGGCAACAAGAUCAAGAGACACAGCUCCAACAGGAAAGGAGAAGAGAGGUACAUCACCAAUACAUCAUCAGAGAAGCACAACAAACACAUCAAAAACAACCUCCCCUGUCAGAAAACAAACAGAUCCAACAUUAACAACAAGUUCCUUAAACAAGAAUGUUCCCAGCUAUCUCAAACCAACAAUUGCUCAAGCCCAGAAGUCUGCACCUUCAAGUGACCUGCACAACAUUCACAGUACCAAAACUUCUAAUCUAGCUCGAAGAAGAUCAUUCGAUAAUAAGCCUCCUCUUCCUUCUUCCUCUCCAAAAACCAGAAUUUCUCCUAGUCCUAAGGAGAGAAUUUCUCGUUCAUCAUCGUCCUUAUCAACCAAAACUUCCACUUCCCAUAAACCCCUUUUGGAUAGAUUAUCAAAAGCUACAACUAGUAAGGAUGCCACUGGCAAACAAUGCGGUGCUGGCCUGAAUUCUAGGCCAGUGACCAAAAAGAAGACGACCACAACCACGACCAGGAAGCAUGAUCGUGCUAGUGGUUCAACUACAAAAGCACCAGUGACAACAAAUUCUCCAGAUAUAGUUCUGGAUGUCAUUUCUCUGGGGGAACAGUCAGAGCCAGAGGAUCAUCAAGAACUAACAAUUCAUGAAACUGAAAAGGAAACGAUCAUAAGUGACAACGAAAUGAUUGCUGAUUCUGAUGCAGGGGAGAAUGAGAAUGAUUCAGCCACAGAGGAUCACAUUGAAGAGCUUAUUAAUGAAAAUGUAAACAGUGCUGAAUUGGAGGACACCAAGGUUGCAGCUGAAUCAUCCACACUAGUGGAAAAUCCAGAAAUUAAAACUGAAGAACCAGAAGAAAUGAACAAUGAGCCUAAUUCACCAGAGAAGGAAAAAGACGAAACCAUUAUAAAUGCAUCAUCAGAGGAGAAUCAAGAAUCGAAAGAGGAGGACCAAGGAACAAACCAAGCAAAAGAAGCUCCCAUGAUAGAAGAUACUGAAGCAGUACCACAAGAACAACAACUAAGUCUUAGUCCCAAGGAAGUUGGGGUCAGUGUAGAAGAGAGUACCAAAGAAGAGCCAGAGAAAAAUACUAUUGCAGCAUCAUCAAAAUCUCGACAUCAGUUGGCGCAAGGCAAGCAUAAUGAAUCUGCAGUUUCAAAUAAUGUGAUUGAAGAGACUGCAAGCAAACUUAGGGAGCAGAGGAAGAACAAAGUGAAAGCACUGGCUGGUGCUUUCGAAACUGUCAUCUCCCUACAAGAGCACAAAUGAGUACUCAUCAAUUCUUAAGUUAGUGAAUCGUCCCUUGUUGUAUGCUAAUAGUUUUCCAAAAGUAAUACUGUGCUAGUUUAAAGUCUUUAAGUGGGAAUUGUAAUUCUUUUUCAUACAUUAUGUGAAACAGUGGGCAACAAUUGUUGUUUACACUAUUUUUCAAUGUUUAACCCCAUUUAUAUACAUGAUUAUUAUAACUAGGGAAAUGAGAGACAAAUUUGUUUUCGCUUAUUCAAAAGUGUCAGUUAACAUGUUAUAACAAAUUAAAGUACACUGUCAAUCUAUACAAAUUAAAGUUUAUCUCCAA